AUGACGGAGCGAACCCAUCUGGAUGAGAAGGCUCUGGAUGCAGCAGCAGCAGCAGCCAACGCACCUCUGGGACCGGGAGAACAAAUGAUCGACGUCAGUCCAGCAGGAGAUGUUACUGAGAAAGAAGACUCCGGAUCAGACAGCGAGGAUGUUGCCACAGAGGAGAAGGAUGGCAAGAAGAAAAAGAAGAAGGAUGAGGGCUCCAUUCGAGAUUACAUGAGAGUCUUCAGGUUUUGCGAUCGCCUGGACAUUAUCCUCUACAUCACAUCACUCACAGCAUCCGUGGCAUCUGGCGCAGCAUUACCGUUGAUGACACUGGUUUUUGGCCAGUUUACAACCGAUUUCAACAAUUUUGCCGCAGGACGAUCCACUCCAGACGAGUUCCGCAGCAAAGUCGAUCACUUUGUACUAUGGUUCAUUUACCUCUUCGUGGCUCGAUUCGCCUUGACAUAUUUCACAAACGUCGCCAUCAGCAUUGCCAGUAUCAGGACCACUCGAACAUUGAGGAAAGCUUUCCUUGAAUCCACCUUGAGACAAGAAGUAUGGCAUUUCGACAAGAUGGACAACGGUUCUGCCGCUACCCAAGUCACGACGAACGGCAACCGUGUCAAUCAAGGAAUCUCUGAAAAGCUGGCCAUUGUUGUUCAGGGGAUCUCGCUCUUCUUUUCGUCAUUUAUCAUUGCAUUGGCGGUCCAGUGGAAGCUGGCACUCAUUUGCAUGAGUAUCGUGCCGGCACUGCUUCUCUGCGUCGGCAUCAUCAUCCCGAUCGAUGCCAAACAGGAGUCUCGGAUCACCAGGUUCUAUUCGCAGGGAGCUGUGCUGGCUCAAGAUGCGAUCAGCUCAAUCCGAAGUAUCCACGCAUUUGGUGCGGCGGACAAGAUCGUAGCCAAGUACGAUGAAUAUUUGACGGCGGCGCAUCAAGAGGGAAAGAAGAAGAGUCCGAACUAUGGUAUCUUGUUCUCUAGUCAAAACUUCCUCGUCACGGCAGCCACGGCUUUGGCAUUCUGGGAGGGCUAUCGCAUGUUUCGAAGUGGCGAGAUUUCGAGCGUUGGGACUGUGUUUACCGUCAUUCUCUCAGUGGCCAUCGGUGCGACGUCCAUGGGUCUGAUCAUCCCCCAGCAGCAGGCGAUUGCAAACGCGUCCUCAGCGGCAUCAGAGCUCCUCUCGAUCAUCGACAAACCGUCCUUGCUCGAUCCGCUCGCCCCGGAAGGAAAACAGCCACCGUCUUGUGAAGGCAGUAUAGAAAUUUGUGACUUGCAAUUCGCAUAUCCCUCGCGACCGCAGGCACAAGUAUUGAAGAACCUGACCCUCUCCGUCCCAGCUGGCAAGACGACCGCGCUUGUUGGACCUUCAGGUUGCGGCAAAUCUACGCUCAUCGGUUUGAUGGAAAGGUGGUAUCAGCCUAGCUCAGGUCAGAUCCUUCUCGAUGGCGUGGACAUCUCGGAGUACAAUACGAAGUGGCUUCGAAGCAAUGUCAGGCUCGUUCAGCAGGAACCUGUGCUUUUCCAGGGAACGGUGUUCGAGAACGUCUCGAAAGGCUUCGUGGGAUCUCAGCUCGAACUUCCUUAUGAUGAGCAGAUGGAACUGGUGCAAGACGCCUGUCGUCAGAGCAACGCUCACGACUUCAUCAUGGAGCUUCCCGAAGGAUACGACACUCAAGUGGGAGAGCGAGCAAGCAUGCUCAGUGGCGGCCAGCGACAACGUGUUGCGAUUGCUCGUAGCAUCAUCUCCAACCCCAAGGUCUUGUUGCUCGAUGAAGCCACCAGUGCCUUGGAUCCAACCGCAGAAAAGGUCGUCCAGGCUGCACUUAGCCGUGUCUCCCAGAACAAGACCACGCUCACCAUCGCACACAAGCUUGCUACGAUUCGAUCCGCUGACAACAUCGUUGUCAUGCAACAGGGUCUCGUGAUUGAGCAAGGCAGCCACAAGGAGCUCAUCGAACGAGAUGGUCAUUACGCUGCCAUGGUAAGGGCACAAGACCUCAACACACAAGAAGGCGAAGCCGAGAUUGCCGACGAGGAUGACGAGAAACGCCUAGAGCACGCUUUCAGCCUUCAAAGGACCAAGACGGACGCUGCGUCCACUACCGCCGAAGCUGAGAUCAAGAAACUAACAUCUGGCACACUCGGCUACGGAUUGAUCAGGUGCAUCUACAUCAUGUUCAAGGAGAACCCAAAACUCUACUGGUGCUACAUCCUCUCGUUCUGUGGAUGUCUGCUAGGUGGAGGCAUGUAUCCUGCACAGGCAAUCCUCUUCUCACGCCUGAUCAACGUCUUCAUUCUCCCGCCGGACGAAGGUCAAUCUCAAGCCGACUUCUACGCUCUAAUGUUCUUCGUCCUUGCUAUAUCCAAUUUUAUUGGUUAUUUCGCCAUCGGUUGGUGCUGCAAUGUCAUCGGACAGACGGUCACCCACCGCUAUCGACGGGAAAUGAUGGAACAAGUCCUCAAUCUGGAUCCUGAGUUCUUUGAUCGUCCAGAAAAUUCGUCUGGAUCCCUGACUUCCAAGCUGUCCUCUGUACCGACGUCUCUGAUGGAACUCAUCUCAGCCAACGUCUCCCUCAUGGUUAUUGUCAUUGUCAAUGUCCUGUCUUCAAGCAUUUUGGCAAUUGCAUAUGGCUGGAAACUGGGCCUGGUCGUGGUCUUCGGCGGCAUGCCCGUGCUGCUUGGGUCUGGAUACAUUCGGAUUCGCAUGGACCAGAAGUUGGAAGAAGACAGCAGCAACCACUUCGCUGACAGCGCUGGACUGGCCACAGAAGCCGUGACUUCCAUCAAGACGAUUUCUUCAUUGACGUUGGAAUCCCAGAUUAUGAAGGAGUAUUCGCAGACCAUGGACGGCAUCGUGUUCAAGUCGACUCGAGGCUACUUAAUCACUCUCGUCCCUUACGCGCUGUCGCAGUCACUGGAGUUCUUGGUUAUGGCCCUUGGCUUCUGGUACGGAUCACGACUAAUCGCAAGCGGUGAAUAUAGCACCAGUCAAUUCUUCGUCGUAUUCAUUGCUGUUGUCUUUGGCGGACAAGCAGCGGCGCAAUUCUUUGGAUAUACCUCGUCCAUCACGAAAGCUAGGCUUGCAGCGAACUACAUCCUCUGGUUACGGACACUCAAGGCGAAGAUCCGCGAGACAGACGAGAACAGGGACAUUGGCCCUUCUGGUGACGGCGCAAUGGAGAUGAAAGAUGUGGAGUUCAGAUAUAUUCAACGACAUGCGUCGAGAGUUCUACGCGGCAUCAGCAUGAAGAUCGAACCCGGUACCUACGCUGCUUUUGUCGGCCCAUCUGGCUGUGGAAAGAGCACUCUCGUCUCCCUCAUUGAGCGAUUCUACGAUCCGACUUCUGGCCGCAUUACGCUCAACGACGAGGACAUUGCUAAGAUGAACCCAAAGCUGUACCGACAGUACAUGUCCAUGGUGCAGCAAGAACCACCACUCUUCCAAGGCUCCGUCCGCGAGAACAUAGCUCUCGGUCUGCAGUACGAUCCAUCGGACGAAGAAGUCCAAGAGGCAUGUCGACAAUCCAACGCUCUGGAGUUUGUAUCAUCUCUUCCCCAAGGGCUGGACACGGCAUGUGGAUCGAAAGGUGGCCAAUUCAGCGGUGGUCAAAAGCAAAGGAUAGCAGUCGCCCGAGCAUUGAUUCGAAAGCCCCGUCUCUUACUGCUCGACGAAGCCACAUCAGCGCUGGACACCCAGAGUGAGCGCAUCGUGCAAAAGGCAUUGGAUGAGGCUGCCUCGAGUCGAACGACCAUUGCGGUGGCCCAUCGAUUGAGCACGAUCCGGCAUGCCAGCGUGAUUUUCGUGGUGGCGAACGGGAGGAUUGUGGAACAAGGCACCCACGAGGAAUUGCAAGCAUUGCGAGGGAGGUACUUUGCCAUGUGUUUGGCGCAGUCUUUGGAUCAGGCAUAA